CACUUCCUGAAACACUUUCUUGAUUCGAAUAAACGAACAUUCAGUAUUUUAUUUAGUGCUCAUUUUACUGGAGUUUUUAAUGUACUAUUUACGCUUUUAUCUUUUUUUCUGUUCAGCUCCGUGUGUUUGUUUGCUCAAAGAGGGAAAUGGUGAUCAGGAGCCCUGCUUUUUCCUGAAAGGCCUCCAACCCUCGUUGUAUGUGGAGCUCAGCCAUAAGGGCUUUCACAGGGAGGUGGUGACCACCGUUGAGCUUGGCAGUGAGACUCCGGCGGAUGUCAGAGCUUUGUUGGUUUACAGGUGGCCCAGGGACGUCUAUGUGGACCCAUAUCAAGUUGCAUCUCUGAGUCAUCAACGUGGCUGGCAGAUGUUGUUUAAUACCGCUAUCGACCUAGAAGAGCCAGCCCACAGGACUUCAGAGUUUUCCACCUACGUGUUUCCCUCCCAUGCCGGACCAACUCCCAAUCCGCUAAAAGUAACAAUUCCUAUUCAUGGUCGCUACCACAAGCCCUCCUUUGAUGGGAAAACCUUUACUCCUGUUCACAUUGAACUUCCUGAGCUCCUGCUGUGGACUAAAAAGUGCACUCCAUUCCAAAGGUUGGAGCCACACACUGUCCUGGAUGCUCCGUGCACUGCCAGCAAUACCAGCAUCUGUUCAUGGGUUAAAAUCCAGAAUCCAAACAAGAACUCCGUCCCAAUGAGUUUACACCUUCCAGUUGGUGAUGGAUCUACAGUCAGGCUCAUUAGCACUGGGACUCUUGUAGUUACACUUAUCUGCUGUGUUGUUUUGUGUCACUCCAUGCUGAAGCAUCAACUCAGAUGACUAUCAUGGUUCCAUGUAAAACUGUAUCUUGUGUUGUAAGUUAAUUAAUAAACAAUAUUAUGACCAAACAUA